GUUGAUACACCAAUGGUGGAACGGCGUAAAAAUAAUAAUUGGCUUGUACGGCAACUCUCACGUAUGGGUUCUAUACGUAGCCAAUCGACAGCUUAUUCAUCGAGUGGUAUGGCCUUUAAUCGGAAUCGUCUCAAUUCGGUUUACUCCAGUCCUGAGUCCGGCAUACCGGUUAACAUAUUACAGCAACAGCAACAAACUCAGCAACAACAACAAGGUCAAACAGCGCAAAUACAAUCGAAGCCGAGUUUUUAUGGCAAGUUUGUGAAUCGCAAGUCGCAACGCGCCCAGAAGCAAUUCAUUAAACAGAACUCAAAGCUGAAUGGUCUCAAUGUCAAUGUACCCAAGACACGACCACGCAUACCCACGCCUGACGCUUCCAAAGAGUUGGGCGAAAAAGAUUUGAAUGGCACGAACACCGUUAUUAUGACACCACAGUUGAGCACUCAAACCACCAUGUAUCCCUACACGAGCACCAACAAUCAGGAUGGACCUGUUUUGGGCACACUAUUAUUAUCGCCCAUUAAAGAGAUGGAUAGCUCAUCUUCCAAUAAUACUUUGAUUCCAGGACAUCCGACAACAACGGCUUUGGCACAAGCUGUGCUGCCAGCCAAUUUGAAGGACAUGAACUUUGGCGUUGCCUCACCAACUGCGCCCGUCACCACAAAUAUCACCACACUCUCUUUCCCCUUCACAAUGACCACCAGCGCGGCGGACUCAAUGCCCGCUGGCACACUGAAUAUCGUACCAAUCGGUGCCUCGCAAAUGCCAACUAUCACCACCACCGCCAGCGGUUUCGAUGCCAGCGAUCUCAUCACCACAAUUCCAGUCUCACUAUCCAUACAACGCUCGCCAUCGAUGCGCUCCAUCAACGACUUUAGCGGCAAUGAAAAUUUGGAUGUGCCGCAUAAUCUCAACGGUGGCUAUGGUUCGUCCGGUAAUAGCAAUGGCGUUGGUGGUUUAGUCGCCACCACAAACAAUGCCAUACUCACUAUAAAGCCAUUGAAUGGCGGUGAUAACAUUUCACGCAACAAUAGUUUUAAUGCCAACUUGAAUCUAAAUCUGCAAGACUCAUAUAUACUAGAGCGCAAUGAAUCGGUGCGUUCGGCUGAACAACGGGUCGGCAGUAAUGUAACGGAUGGACACACAGCGGCGACACGUGACACUUCAGUAGAGGGUAGGACAGAGAGUAUAGGCGCCAGUGGCGCAUCGGCGCCUUCUACUUUGGCAAAGCGUACACCCGAGCCAGCGAAAGGCACGAAGGAAGUGUAUGUAUAGUGUGAAAAGGCUUUGUUAGAAGGCGUAUUAAAGCGACAGCUGCUCUCAUUUAUAAAAUUGUAAAUACUGAAUUAAAAAUUGUUAGCUAAUUUUUAAUAGUUCAAGUAUGGCAUGCUACUUAGCUAAAUUUCUAGAACUAAAACAUUUCCCAUCAUAAUAAUAUUAAUAAUUAUAAUGAAUUUUAGACCAAACUAUAUAUAUAACUUCUGUACUCGAAUAGCAUAUAACGAAGAUCAAAUAUAUUUAUAAAAUAAUAUUUUACUAAACACGCCUUUCUAUGGCUUUCUUAACGCUGGCGAGAUAACGGUGUUUCAAGCAUAGAUUUCAUAUAAAUCAAAGUUAUUAAACGGUCCUUUUUAUUAUUAGCUCCUCAAAAUAUAGUGCAUUAUUUUAAGUUAAUAAAUGUUAUAUUUUAUUUAAUUAUAUAGCUUUAUGUAAUUUUGUGCAUGUACAUAUAUAGGUAUAUAUAUAUUAUAUACUAUGUAAAGUAUUUAGUUAUAAUUUGGUAUAAACAGUAAGCUUAUUCAAAUAAUAUUUGUAAAUAAAUUGAAUCUCUACAAAAAUCUAAAACCGAAUGCAACCUUUUGUGAUAUUUGUCAUAUAUAUUUUAUAUAUACAUAUAUAUAUGUAUCUAUAUGUGCAUACAUAUCCACAUCUGUGCCGAUGUUAAGAGAAUUGUAAACACUUGCUUCUAGUUGUAACAUGUAUAUUUUCAAACUAAAAUUGAUUUCGAAAUUGUUGAUCAACUUGGUUGUUACUUAUGUAUGUAUGUUGUAAAAAAUUAUAUAUCCAUUUUGUUUAAACGACUAUAUGUAUUUUUGCUUGCAGUUGAGCUACAUACAUAUAAGGUUAUUUUUUAAUUGUAACUCAUUUUAUAAUAGAAAUUCUAAAGUAAUAAAAGCGCUGAAAAAGA